CUUAAAUACCGCGCCAUCCCCCGCCUCCGUCAUUCCAUUCCCCUCGGCCCAACAAAAAAAAAAAAAAAAAGUCAUUUCUCCUUCCUUCUUCCCCUCAUUUUCUCGUCUCCCACAAUCUCACACUAUACAAAAUUCCCCAACCACACUCUCAUUCCCCCUCCGAGCGAGAAUGACUCGGGAAUCAGCUGGAUCUCCGCCUUCCUCUGUUCUCCUCUUAGCCGCCGUGUCUCUUCUCGCCAUCGUCGCAGCCGAGUCUCCAUACCGCUUCUUCGAUUGGAACGUCACCUACGGCGACAUUUACCCGCUCGGCGUCCGCCAACGAGGGAUCCUGAUCGACGGCGCGUUCCCGGGGCCGGAUAUCCACUGCGUCACCAACGACAAUCUCAUCAUCAAUGUGCACAACAGCUUGAACGAGCCUUUCCUCCUCUCUUGGAAUGGGAUGCAGCAGAGGAGAAACUCAUUCGUGGAUGGUGUCUACGGCACCACGUGUCCCAUCCCGCCGGGCAAGAAUUACACCUACAUUCUCCAAGCCAAGGAUCAGAUUGGCAGCUUCUACUACUUCCCUUCGCUUGCCUUCCACAAGGCCGCUGGUGGGUUCGGCGGGAUCAGAAUCCUCAGCCGUCCCGGGAUUCCGGUGCCUUUCGCUGACCCCGCCGGCGACUACACCAUUCUCAUCGGAGAUUGGUACAAGUCCAAUCACACGGACUUGAGAGCCCGAUUGGAUGGAGGCCACAAGUUGCCUCUGGCAGAUGGCAUCCUCAUCAAUGGCAAGACCUAUAGACUCAGGAUAUCCAACGUUGGGCUACAGAAUUCGGUCAACUUCCGCAUCCAAAACCACAAGAUGAAGCUGGUCGAAGUGGAAGGAACGCACACUCUCCAGACAACUUACUCUUCUCUUGACGUCCACCUCGGCCAAUCUUACUCCGUUUUGUUCACCGCCGACCAGCCAGGGCAAGACUAUUACAUCGUGGUGUCUUCCCGAUGGACAACUCCGAUCCUCACCACUACUGGUGUUCUGCACUACAGCAACUCCGCCGGCCCAGUUUCUGGCCCACCUCCCGGUGGCCCGACCGAUCAGGUCGACUGGUCCCUCAACCAGGCCCGCUCCAUCAGGACUAAUCUGACGGCAAGUGGGCCGAGGCCGAACCCACAGGGCUCUUACCACUACGGCAUGAUCAACUUGACGAGGAGCAUCGUUCUAGCCAACUCAGCUGGUCAAGUGAACCGCAAGCAGAGAUACGCGGUCAACAGCGUGUCGUUUAUUCCAGCAGACACUCCUUUGAAGCUUGCAGACUACUUCAAAAUCCAGGGGGUUUUCAAGGAGAACAGCAUCUCCUCUAGGCCCACGGGCGGGGGCAUCUACCUCGACACCUCCGUUCUCACCACUGACUACAGAACAUUCAUCGAAAUCGUGUUCCAGAACAACGAGGAUAUUGUGCAGAGCUGGCAUCUAGAUGGUUACAGCUUCUGGGUCGUUGGUUUGGAUGGCGGGCAGUGGACGACUGCCAGCAGGAACCAGUACAAUCUGAGGGAUGCGGUUUCGAGAUCCACCACACAGGUGUAUCCCAAGUCAUGGACUGCAAUCUACAUUGCUCUAGACAACGUUGGAAUGUGGAACUUGAGGUCAGAGUACUGGGCGAGACAGUACCUCGGUCAGCAGUUCUAUUUGAGGGUUUUCACAACGUCGACUUCACUGAGGGACGAGUACCCAAUCCCCAAGAAUGCACUCCUUUGCGGCAGAGCUGCCGGCCGGCACACACGGCCGAUGUAAAGAAAAAAAACACGAUCCAGAGGUUCUGGUAAUUUAUUGUCGGGGGUGAAAGUUGGGAUUUGAGGCAGAUCGAGAUUGAGUAAAGAGUAGGGAGUGUGGAUUGUACCAUUUGUGAAAUUGAUAUAACGAGACCUCAGCUCGAGGUCACAUUGUUGAUUCUUUUUUUUAACUGGUGUUGUGGCCUAUGAGGGUGGGUGGAUAAAUGAUUGGAUGAAAGUUGUUAAAAGGAUUCAUGGUAGCCCAUACACGUUUUAUCCUCCUUUUUUAGAAAGCCAACCAAAUUCUCAGUUGGUUUGUAAGCUUGUAAAACUUUGUAUUGAUAUAUAGGCUCAUCUUAAGUUGUUACUUCAGCGUUGGUUUCAAUUUUAAUCUAUAGAUUCAACUUCAUUUAUAUGUUACUUUCCAGUUCAACAAUCAAAAU